AUGGCAGAGAAGCAGGACGCCAUCGACGGCGAUGAUGAUUGGCAUACGGCACUUCGCGGCAUGGGAAUCUCCGACGACAUGCGACAACGAAUCAUGAACCCCGAGUUCACCGACAUUCGUCUGACCGGAAGCGCAUCGUACUGGGCACUUGACAUCCUUCAGGAAGCUUUCGAUUUUCUUUCAGUCCUUAGCGAUCGUAUCGACAAGAAGUAUAAGUCAGACAACAUCAAUUGCUCCAACACCCCUGAUGAAAGCGAUCAGCCUCGGCCGGCGAUUCUUGGCGGACGUCGGGCGCGUACAGGCACAUCCUCAGCCAGCAACGAUACUCCCACUCCUUCUUCAUUGCCCCCCAAGCACAUCGACGGACGUACGAUGCUUUUCAAAGGCGGAUCUGAGUCACGUCUCUCUGAAGCUAUUGAUGAGAAUCGUGGUCUCUUGAUUGGUAAACUUUACUCUACGGCCCCGACGGACUUCCAUCCUUCCAGCAACGAGCUCGUCUACCUCACCAAACACCACGAUGUCGCUCUUCUCUACGCUAGGUACAAGGCCGAAUGCCUUCCACCUGUCAAGGCAGCUGUUCUCCACAUCGCGAUUCCCAACCAGCUCAUUGGCGACGGCAGAGAGAUCUAUGGUGAUCAUUGGCGAGACCUUAUCUGGAACUCCCGCAAUAAGAAACUUCAUGCACGCGGCAUCAGACUACCCGGCCAUCUCAAUCAAUACCUUGGCGUCGACGUUUUGGUUAGCAACCUUUGCUCGGACUCCACGGAAAAGAUUACAAGGAGAAUGGAGGACAAAUCGGAGCUCACGGUCUCCAAGCUUCCAAACGGCGAGAAGGCGUCGCAGCACGUCAUCCAAACUCUUUCUCGACAAACGGAGAUCGCGAACCAAACGGUCGGAUACGUGUGGAUUUCCCCCUACACUCCUGGAAGCGGUUCUGGAAGCAAGUAA